GCUUCUCUUGGAGAGCAACAAUACACAUAGCGACUCGCCAGUGGCUUGUCGCUCCAUCUGUCAGACUGCCUGGCCUCCAUCAACCAAGCGAAGAGCCUGAGCUGUAACAAUCGACGAGAAAACGGGGCCUUCUGCCGGAGCAAGUUGCGCUCUCCAGGACCAACCGCACACUCACGUCCUUAUCUCUCUCUGCCUCUCUCCUUGCUCGUCAUACCGCGGGAAGGACUUUUUUCUCUUUGACUCAAGCUAGUGGGGCCAUGGUUUUGGCUGAAUUCUAUUACUUUAGAGCUUCUCGAGGUAACUUGGAAUGCACAUGUAUAAGGUGGCGUGACGAAAAGUUGGAAGAUUUAACGUUUAAAAUCGAGGAGAAAAAAAACCGAUUUGGUGUUCGAAGAUGACUCUCGAGUCUUUUAAGUUAUCAACAACCAGUUUCAUGGUGGAAGUCACUACGUACAAGAAGACUGGAACCGUGCCAUGAGGAAGUGAACACAUAACGUCAAGUCACUUUGUGCUGAACAAUUACCCUUGUUCCAUCCCGAUAAGAUACUCACUCGGGCAAUAUGUUCAAUUCAAGUCAACAUCCAUAUGCGAAUAACCAGGAUUGCCAUCCCGAGCCGAAUCAGCUUCAAGCUAACUACAAUGGGAUCAAUCAAAAUUUUCCCAAUGAGCUAUAUGCAUCGAUCUCACAAGGAUUCAACUCAAUGACAAACCGGUGGCACCAAAAUGAAUCUCCAAGCAUGCCCAUGAAACAGGAGAUUCGAGAUCUUUACGGAACCCAAGUGACAAAAGAUUUCAAUUCAGAUUGCUUUCAACUUCAAGGGCACCAGAAAUGGACCUCGAGUCUAUUUGGUCGAUUGCCAUCCAACACCUACGCUUCAAGUUGGAGCCAACAGUCACACCAACAGGAGCAAGAUCAGCCUCAAGAUCAGCCUCAACUUCACACUCACUAUUCUCAACAGAAGCAUCCCCAAUGGAACAGCAAGCUCAACAAGAGUCUCCCUCUGAACAAUGAUCCGACCUCUACACCUUUAUCGUCCAUUUCCUCCUCAUCGAUGACAUCGUCUAGCAACCGUGGAGAGAUCUCUGUCCCUUCCUUCAAUGACGAAAACAUAAUCUCAAGUGAAGAUCUUUUCAAAUCUACAAAGCUGGAUAGGCCAGAUCUGAUUGGUCUACCAUCGUCAACUGGUUUACAUAAUGCUUUGAAAGACCAUAGAUCUAAACCGAGUAGGGACUCCUCGGAAUCAAACCCGUCUUCCUCGCCAAGGAUAUCUUCGCCAAAGACGCAAGCAAUUUAUUCUUCUGAAAUCGAUUCAGACUCUCUUGGAUCAGAACUGCAUUUCUCCAAGGCUAAUUUGGCCUUGGCCACGGUUCCAGGCAUGGACUUCAACCCAGAGUCCAGGGUCUUUUCUCAAGACGAGCUCAGACCUCAACCCAUCAUUCGCAAACGGAAAAAGCAUUUCGUGUCCGAUGAAAAUAAGGAUGAUAAGUAUUGGUCACGUCGGAUCAAAAACAACAUCGCGGCCAGACGUUCCCGAGAAGCUCGGAGGCUCAAAGAAAAUCAGAUAGCAUUACGAGCAGCGUUCUUGGAAAGCGAGAACAAGAACCUUCGUCAAAAAUUUCAAGUCGCUUUACACGAUAAUUUUGAAAUCGAAAAAGAAGUCAGUGACUUGACGGACCAAUUAAAGAAGUUUGAAACAUAACUUGUUGAAGCAUUGUUGCAGUCCUUGGAAAUUGAUUCAUGUCACUCUCUGGUUGUUGUCUAUACUUGAUUGUUGAAUUUGUGUAAAGAUUAAAGAUGUUUGUCCAAUUCGUCCAAUAUAUCAACCAAUCGAACAAUGAAAAACAAGCUAGUGUAGUAC